AUCUCUCCAUCUCUCUCUCUCUCUCUGUCUCUCCCCAUCACUGGCACAGACCUGCAUUUGAGUCCUGCAAAGAUGCUGCUGGUGCUGAUGGGGAGCUUUCUGGUGGCUCUUUGCCUGGAAGUUGAUGGCAGACGACCAGAGGUGACUAACAAUGGCAAUUUCCUGGAUAACGAGAAAUGGUUGAGUACAGUCUCUCAGUAUGACAAGCAGCUCAGAUACUGGAACAAAUUCCGAGAUGAAGUGGAGGAUGAUUAUUUCAGAAGCUGGAACCCUAACAAGCCCUUCGAUCAAGAUCUGGAUCCUACUAAAGAGCUAUGUCUGAGGGUGAAAUGCAGUCCGCGCAAGGUGUGUGUCACCCACGAUUACCAAACAGCUCUUUGUGUCAGUCGCAAGCAGCUAAUGCACAGUGUCAGUAAGAAAAAGGUAGGGCUCCCUCACAAACGUUGGAUUGGAGGAGUCAGUUUGGCCAAAUGCAAGCCUUGUACAGUGGUCCACCCCAGCCCUAUCUGUGGUUCCGAUGGUCAUACAUACUCAUCUAAGUGUAAACUGGAUUACCAAGCUUGCUCGUCAGGUAAAUCCAUCGCAAUGAGAUGUGAAGGGCCUUGCCCUUGCCUUCCCGGCCAGGAAAGUGUGAAACCCAAAAACGAAAAGACAGACGGUGGUGUCAAAGCCAGACAGGAAAAUCGAGAUAUAAAUCAUGCAGCUAACAGAGUGUGCAGUGAAAAGGAUCUGAGGAAUCUCGCCUCUAGACUCAAAGAUUGGUUUGGUGCUCUUCAUGCUGAUGCCAACCAUGACCUCAGAGUGAGACCGGCCAAGCAAACAGACCAAACCAGGUUUGACACCAGUAUCCUGCCAAUCUGCAAGGAUUCUUUGGGUUGGAUGUUUAACAAGCUGGACAUGAAUUAUGACCUUCUGCUGGAUCAGUCGGAGUUGAGCACCAUCUACCUCGAUAAGUAUGAGCAGUGCAUCAAACCUCUCUUCAAUUCCUGCGACACCUUCAAAGACGGGAAACUUUCCAACAACGAAUGGUGUUACUGCUUUCAGAAGCAGGAAGGUGUCCCAUGCCACGCUGAAAUUAAUAAGAUUCAAAAGCAACGUAGAGGGAAGCUUCUUCUGGGUUCUUUUGUGCCAAGAUGCAACGAGGAGGGAUAUUAUAAAGCAACUCAGUGCCACGGCAGCACGGGGCAGUGCUGGUGUGUCGACAAAUAUGGCAACGAGAUUGCCGGCUCACGGUUACAAGGGAACCCAACCUGUGAAGACGAUCAAGAGACAUCCGGGGACUUUGGGAGCGGUGGGCUCCACGUUUUAUCCGACGACCAGGAUGACGAAAGCGAGACUCAAAACAAGGAGGAGAAAGUGGAGGGGAAGGUACAAGAGGGCGUAGACAACGAGGAUGAUGAAGAUAGUGAGGACGACAAAGAAGAUGAUAUUGGUUAUGUUUGGUAGUCGUGCUCGCCAUGCCCCUUUCAAGGACUGUUAGAUUUUUGCAUUCUUAUCUCAGCUUGUCUGUUGUGCUGCGGAAACGUUACAUCUGAAAGAAAAAUAGAAAAACAAAAGAAACAAACAAAACAAAAAAAAAAAAGACCUGGUAGAUUAUAAAGUGUUGAUCUCACUGAGACCAUUUCAUUCAUCUGUUGAGCAUGAUCAUCGGCACAAAUACAUUCAGCAACAUGGUUCCUCCAGUAGGAAAGGUGGUGUUUCAGGAACACUGUCCCAUUUAACCACAGGAUUCUUAGUAAUAAUGAGCAGUAUGGUUGAAUUCGUCAUUCUGAACCCAGAUAUUUUAGUGGACCGUAUAGAGCACUCUGUGAGCCUCCCAAAACAACUCUGCUACAAUAGAGCCCUCUUAAUAUCCAUUAGAUUUUGUGUCCAAAACAAUGUCCUCCGUGUAUCUCAGAGCGCUUUGAGACAUCUAAGCAACUUUAAAAGGCACUGCCUCUAAUGCAAGGAUUAUUAUUAUUAUUAUUAUCUCCACAGAUAUUCCCAGUCUAAUAGACAAUGUUGGUGCAGAAUCUUUCCGCCACUUUUUGCCGCUCGCUUACUACUUAGUCAAUUUUGAAGCAGAACAUUCUCGAAAAAGCUGUGCUGUAGAUAUGUUGGAUUAGUUAAGGGUCUGGAGUUCUACACUGGUGUUUGUAUGGAAUCCUACAAGUGUACAACUUGUGUGUUGAUGGCAAGUCAGGAAGGGCCAUGUGCGGUUUAUGCAGUUUUUAUGUGGGUCACGGAACAUCAAUUCUCUCCCUGUGCUGGAUGGCAAAGCUCUUUUAUAUUAAUUUUCAUGCAUAACCCAGCUGCCGACAUACUGCGUUGACUGAGCUGGUCAAGGAACCAUUAUGUAGCACAAAGCUUUCAAGCCAUAAAAUCAAUUAAUCAGUUACUAACAACCACUGUUUGAGCAAGAGUGAAGUAUCAAACAGCUAUUUCCUUUUGCUUACACUAACUGAUCAGAGGUUAGAGGUGACCUCCAACUGCGCUGACAUUACUCGAUGAUUCGAUUAAUGGACUGUUGCAAACAGAUAAGUGCCAUAAUUUGAUAAUGAGAUGACAAUGGGCCUUUAAUGAGGUAAAGCAUUUGCCGUUAAACAAGAUUGACUUUUAGGGAAGUGGUGACGCCUGCCUUCAUUGAAGCAGUGAGCAUAAGAACAGAAGCACUCGUGGCGAAAGACCAAGGUCUACCUAAUUCACCUUCCACCAU